GGGCCGUGAGGCGGUCGCCAUGGCGACGGCGGCGCGGGGCCGAGCGGGGCCGAGCGGGGCCGGGAUCGGGGCCGCGAUCGGGCCCGGGGCGCCCCCCCAGCCCCGCCUGCUCGAGAACCGCCCCUACGACGAGAGCCUGGAGCUCAACGAAGCCCCGAGCCCGCCCGGGACGCGCGGGUCCCGCCGCUCUGGGCCUCCCGGGGCGCGCGGCCGCCCACAGGAGGAGUUGGCAGCCGCCCUCAUCGAGGACGAGGAUGACGAGGACGACGACUCCGAGGAAGAGGAUUCCUCUGAAUCAGACUCAGAGGACUCGGAGGAUCACGAGGCCACGCUGGACGAGGAUCUCGCGGAUUUCGACUACCUGCCCGUGUCUUCUGAAAUCAAGGAGCUCUUUGAAUACACCAGGAGGUACACUCCCAAACCAAUAGAGAUGCAGCACAAGCUGCAGCCUUUCAUCCCGGACUUUAUUCCUGCGGUUGGAGACAUCGACGCUUUCCUAAAGGUUCCCCGUCCCGAUGGCAAGCCGGACAACCUUGGCCUGCUGGUCCUGGAUGAGCCGUCAACCAAGCAGUCAGAUCCUACCGUACUUUCCCUCUGGCUGACAGAGAACUCCAAGCAGCACAAUGUCACACAGCAGAUAAAGGUAAGGAGUGUGGAGAACGCCGAGAAGAACCCCAAAGCUAUCGAGAGCUGGAUUGAAAGCAUCAGUGAGCUGCACCGCUGCAAGCCCCCCGCCACAGUCCAUUACUCCAGGCCGAUGCCCGACAUUGAGACCCUCAUGCAGGAAUGGUCCCCGGAAUUUGAGGAGCUCUUGGGAAAGGUGGGCCUCCCGACUGCGGAGCUGGACUGCGCACUGGCUGACUACGUUGACAUGAUCUGUGCCAUUCUGGACAUCCCGGUGUACAAGAGUCGGAUCCAGCCUCUGCACGUCCUCUUCUCCCUGUACUCAGAGUUCAAGAACUCGCAGCAUUUCAAGCCCUUGGCUGAGGGGAAGAAGAGUGGGAGCCUGGCAUCCAACCCUCCAUCACGAGUGGCAGAGGUGUUCAGCGUUACUUGAAGCUUUGCGUUGAACCCUUAUCUCCUGGAUCAAUUCUUGCCACUGGACAUCCAGACCAACUGGGUCAGCCUGGGAAGCCACCUGCAGCAUUCCAGGAGCCUUCCUGGAUACUGCGUAGCUGUUUCACAUUCUCAGAGUAGGACUUUACUCAUCACCUUUGUUGGAGAAGCUGCCCAGCUGCUCCAGUUUUGUUGUCCCCAAGCAGUUCAGCAUUAAACCACUUCUUUCCGACAG